UAGCUUUUGAAAUUUCGAAUAUUGAAAAAUACACCCAAACCAACCAAACCCUCCAAAGUUCUCCAAUUUCAGAACAAACAAAUACAUCCAAAAUCAAUUUAUAUUCAUUCGCCAACUAAUAUCUUCUGUAGAGAAAGAAACUUCUCAACACAACUAUUCUUCUUCUUCUCUUUUUUUUUGAGAGAGAAAGAAACAUCAAACUUCUUGGCAGAUUCAUCACAUCUGUUAUUCAGAUUCCAAUACCCCACAAAAAUUCCUCUGAUUUUCGAUUUGGAAUUUUUAAGGUAGAUAAAUAAAUAUGGCAAGAAUAAAGCCCCAAGCUUUGUUACAGCAAAGCAAGAAGAAGAAGGCGCCAAGUAGGAUCAGUCUCACCACUAUAAUUUUGUUCAGCUUGAUUGUUUUCAUGGUUGUCUUCUUCAUCUUCUCUGCGUAUAGGCAUUUUUCUCACAGGUCAGUGAACCCAGAUGAACCGGUACGUUAUACUAGUCGUAAGGUUGGUGAAUUGAAGAAUAUUGAUGUUCCAAAAUAUGCGAUUAUUCAAACAUCAAAAGGCGCCAUUGCUGUGGAACUGUUUAAGGAUGGAUCUCCUGAAAUUGUUGAUGAGUUUAUCGAGUUAUGUCAGAAAGGACAUUUCAAAGGGAUGCAAUUUCACCGUGUGAUAAAGCAUUAUGUGAUACAGGCAGGGGAUAUCCACAGUAUUGGACCUGCUGAACAAUGGACCCUCAAGGGGAAACACUACAGCCAGCUUGAUAGAAGUGUUAAGCAUGAGGCUUUUAUGCUUGGAACCUCCAAGUCAAAGCAUGAUAGCAAAGGAUUUGAGCUCUAUAUAACAACAGCACCUAUUCCCGAUCUAAAUGAAAAAAUUACUGUAUUUGGAAGAGUUACUAAGGGAGAGGAGGUUGUCCAGGAAAUUGAGGAGGUGGACACUGAUGAUCAUUAUGUACCUAAAUCCGCCAUUGGCAUUAUGGAUGUGACCCUUGAACAGAAGUUAUAAACAAUUUUUUUUUUCUUCCUGUUUUAAGUUCAACAGCUGUGCUCUACUGCUCUCCAUUGCAGAAAUUCCUUCUCCGGGGUUUUUUUAGCAGAGUCUACAGAUGCAAAUACUUGUGAACUUCUCAAACUUUUUCGCUGUUUGGUUGUGUUGGGGGACUUAGAAGAAAUCUAGUCUGUUGUAUGUUGUUCCUUUCCAACUCUGCUGAAAAAAAGUUGAACAGAAGGGAUGAUAUAUGAUGAUAUAGUACGAGAUUUUUUUUUCUUCGGAUUAGCAGUGAGAUUAUAGUAGCCAGUAGGAUUUUGCUGUGUAGGUAUCUUUGAAAAAUCAGAACUUUCCGCUCUAGCUCAAUGGUUCUUGAUCUGUUUUGUUUUUUUGUUGUUUUUGUUUUUGUGUUUUUUUUUUUUUUUUUUUUUCCUUUUUUGUCAGUUCAAUGUUAGAUACUGCUUCUUGAAUAUACUAUGGCUAUGGCUUGAAUGAAAAAUUAGCUUGUCAGAUCUCCAACAAA